CAAUUCCGUCCAACAAACCUCUUUCCCCUCCCCGCAUCCCAAGCCUCCCAGCUCCAUCGCCACACGCUCGAACCCACUCCUCUCACGCUCAAGCGCACACCGCACCAACCAGAGCAGCCAUGGCUCUCACCGGCGGCGCCACCACCGCAGCGUGCAUCCUCGUCCUCCUCGCGCUCGCCGACGCCGCGGGGGCGGCUACCCGGGCGCCAGCGCCGGCGCCGGCGCCGGACUGCAUGGAGGCGUUGAUUAGCCUCGCAGACUGCCUCGACUAUGUGACGCCCAGCACCAAGUCGGCUCGGCCUUCCAAGGCUUGCUGCACGGAGGUGAAGACCGCCGUCGGCACCCCCGCCACCGUGAAGUGCCUCUGCGCUGCCAUGGACGCCAAGACAACUCCGAUACCGAUCAACAUGACACGGGUGCUCGCUCUCCCCACCGCCUGCGGCCAAUCCGCCUCCGUCUUGAACAAGUGUCACGCUGCACAUGGGCCGGGUGGUGCUCCUGCUGAAGCACCGUCACCUUCAGCAUCCAGUGGCGGCGCGACCGCUUCACCACCGAAGGCGAAUGUGGCGGCGAGGUCUCCGGGCGGCUCCGCCACCGUUCUCUUGGCAACUGUGGUGACUUCGCUGCUCGCCUUCUAUUACCUCUGAGGGCCAACAUCUCAGCCUCUCUCACGUGUUAUGUUGCACAGACCUUGUGACUCUGCGUUGCGCGGUGUUGUAAUCUGAGUUUACUUUGUUUAUCGGGAUGGGUUAUUAUCAUGUAGUGUGGUGGACUGAAUAUUGAGUGCGUAGUAAAUUGCAAUGUACCGUGGACUGGGUAUUUUGAAGUCGUUGCCAGUUAUGACACUUUAUUUACUUUUGAAUGCGCAGAUGACUUUGUUGA